GCAACAGCAGUGAUACUGUUGCAAACUUCGUUAUCCCUGCUAAUAAUAAUAAUAAUACUUUGAGACCUUUAGGCGACAUUUCAAUAUCAAACAGCAUCAACAUCAGCCUGCGAUCAAAGGCUACAACAGCAACAACAGUAACAAGAGCAACUACUAGUACUACUGCUACUGUUGCCAACAACACCAACACAACGGCCUCAACGUCGUCACUGUUGUCCUUAACAGCUGCUGCAGCCACCACAACAACAGCAGUAACCACGCAGCAACAACAGGAACAACCUUUAUUUUACACUUGCACAGCAGCAUCAUCGUCCUUGUUGGCCCAACCACCACCAACAAAAAUUUUUAAAACGGAUCAUUUGUGUGUGAACGCCUACGGUUUGCCCCCGGUUGCUGCUGCCACCGCUGCUGCUGCUACUGUUGGGCAUCCUUGCGUUUAUUGUGUUUUUCCUGUUGUGGGAAGUUCUUCCACCCCAACCGCCGCUACUGUUACAGCAGCUGUACCACCUCCACCACCGCGUAACGUCUUUCCGGGAGCUCCGCCCCCAGCUCCUACGGUCACUUUAAAAGGGGCCCCUCGACCACCAGCCAUGACUAGUCCAGCAACAGCUGUUGCCGCUGCUGCUGCAGCCGCUGCCGGCGGCUUAGCUGGUGCCCAGUAUCGUGGUGCCACUUGGACGCCACAAGGUUAUACACCAGCUGCAGCCGCUGCAGCUGCUGCUGCCGCCGUUGCUCAGCAGGCAUAUCGUUAUACGGCUCCAUUGCCACAACCAGCCUAUGCUGCUUAUACACCGCAUACAACAACAACUCCAGCAACAACAACGUACGGUCAACGUGUUCCAACCGCAACAUCACCAAGUAAUACAAAUUCAAGCAGCUCAUCAAACACUGGAUCCCAAAGUGGAACAUUAAGUACUAGUCUAAGUAAUACCAAUACAAAUACAACAAUGGGUCCUAAUAAUGGUACAACACAACAACACCAUCAUCAUCAACAAGGCGAACAAUUGUCAAAAACAAAUUUAUACAUUAGAGGAUUACAACAAGGCACAACCGACAAAGAUUUAGUUACUAUGUGUGCACAAUAUGGAACUAUUAUAUCCACCAAGGCUAUUUUAGAUAAAACAACAAAUAAAUGUAAAGGUUAUGGUUUUGUGGAUUUCGAAUGUCCUGCAUAUGCUGAAGGAGCUGUUAAAGGACUACAGGCAAAGGGCGUUCAAGCUCAAAUGGCCAAAGUGGGUGUUUGGGUACUACAUAGGCCGGCCAUUCAACAAGAGCAGGAUCCCACAAAUUUGUAUAUUGCAAAUUUGCCACCAAAUUUCAAAGAGACCGAUCUGGAAGGCAUGUUAUCCAAAUAUGGACAAGUUGUGUCCACUAGAAUUUUACGUGAUGCUCAAAUGAAUUCAAAGGGUGUUGGUUUUGCUCGCAUGGAGAGUCGUGAAAAGUGUGAACACAUUAUUGCCAUGUUCAAUGGCACUACCAUACCGGGUGCCAAAGAUGCUUUACUAGUUAAGUUUGCCGAUGGUGGCCCCAAAAAGAAGAAUCUCUUUAAGGCUCCCGAUCAGGGCGCCAGAACGUGGCGUGACGUUUCCGCCGAGGGCAUACCAGUUACUUAUGAUCCAUCGGCCAUGCAACAGAAUGGUGUUAGUGUUAAUGUGGGCACUCCCAUUGGUAUGCCAUAUUCACGUUUCGGUGCUCCUCAGGUGGGCGGUUAUCCAAUGGCUGGUUCACAAUGGAUUCCUGGCUAUAUGAUGACACAGCCGAUCACUCAGGUAGAUGAUCAGUAUAUGCAAAUGGCUGCUGCACCACAGUUGAGUGUUGCUUCCUAUAAACCAGAUGCUGUCAAUCAGGUGCAACCACGCGGUAUAUCAAUGAUGGUUAGCGGCGAAACAGGUGUACCAUACGGUACAAUGAUGCCACAAUUGGCCACAUUGCAAAUUGGCAAUUCGAAUUUCUCUCCAUCAUUACAGUAUAUUAGUCCAACUUAUCCAUAUUAUGCACAACCUACAAUUAUACCAACAAUGCCAAUGACAGAUUCUGAGCAGGCUAGCACAGCUGCAUCACCCGAUGAGGCAUAUACGCAGUAUCCACAUCCAGCCGCUCCCAAAUAGGUUUUCGCGAG